AUGCACGCAGACAAUGACUUGUCACGGGCUCUGCAUAUCGGUCCCUACUCCUCCCCCGCAAGUUCCGUGCAUGGUCGGUGCUUCAACGGGUUGUUUGACUGGUUCAACCUGCACUCCAACCAUGAGUUGCCCUCCGGCUGGUGGCGGGUUCUGUGGCGGUGCUUGUAUCUCUGUGCCUACUUCGACUUCGUUGCUGCCAUGCACAAUGGGCGGCGCUUGUCCUACUGGGUCAAGCUGUACUCCGACUGUGACCUGCCCCACCCCAGUAGGUUGCGGCGGGCUUUGCAUCGCGACUCCGACAAACCUGCCGAGUAUUUCCUGCAUUUUGGGUGCAUUCGAUGCGUGUCCCACAGGCCAGGUCUGCACACAAACGGAGACAUGCCGUGGACUCUGCAUCACUAA